CUCAGCCCGCCUCUCGCGCUCUCCACCUGCACGCGCCCCCACCCCCCCUCGGCUGUGCGCACGCGCGGUGCCCACCAGAGCGCGCGGGGGAGCCCGCCAGGCGCAUGCGCGGUGCGGGGACCGCGGUCGCUCUGCUGUCGCCGCUGCCACCGUAGCUGCCGUUGCCGCCUUCCUGCCGGCAAGUGUGGGAAAGAGGAGCUGAGGGCCGCCGCCACCGUUGCCGCCAUGGGGAGGAAGUCGAGCAAAGCAAAGGAGAAGAAGCAGAAGCGGUUGGAGGAGCGGGCAGCCAUGGAUGCCGUCUGUGCCAAAGUGGACGCAGCCAACAGGCUUGGCGACCCUUUAGAGGCUUUCCCCGUGUUCAAGAAAUACGAUCGAAACGGGUUAAACGUCUCCAUCGAGUGUAAGCGAGUGUCUGGAUUGGAGGCAGCCACGGUGGACUGGGCCUUCGACCUGACCAAAACGAACAUGCAGACCAUGUAUGAGCAAAGUGAGUGGGGCUGGAAGGACCGAGAAAAGCGGGAGGAAAUGACAGAUGACCGAGCCUGGUACCUCAUUGCUUGGGAAAACAGUUCCGUCCCCGUUGCCUUUUCCCACUUUCGGUUCGACGUGGAGUGUGGGGAUGAAGUCCUGUACUGCUACGAAGUGCAGUUGGAAAGCAAGGUGCGGCGGAAAGGCCUGGGGAAGUUCCUCAUACAGAUUCUGCAGCUCAUGGCCAACAGCACACAGAUGAAGAAGGUGAUGUUAACAGUAUUUAAGCACAAUCAUGGCGCCUACCAGUUCUUCAGAGAAGCGCUGCAAUUUGAAAUCGAUGACUCUUCCCCCAGCAUGUCUGGUUGCUGUGGGGAGGACUGCUCCUACGAGAUCCUGAGCCGGAGGACCAAGUUUGGGGACAGUCAGCAUUCCCAUGCUGGUGGGCACUGUGGUGGCUGCUGUCACUGAACUCCCAACCAGAACGCCCUCUCCAAGGUCUACCCUCUCCCUGGUCUCCUGCCGCCUGCCAGGUGCCCUCAGAGCUGUGGCCUCCUCAGCCCUGCACGUGCCAGGCUGCGCCCUGAGAGCACAGAACCCUGGGGAGGAGUGGUCCCAGGGCCCCUCCUCCUCUCCUAGAAGAGCAGAGUGCCAGGAGGGAGCCGAGAGGAGAGGAUGCCGAGGGAAGAAAGAGCUGGUGGAGGCUGGGCGUGAAGUCGUCCGGCAUGGAGGCUGCCUUCUCACUCCACUCUUGCGCCCUUGAGCGUAAGAUUCCCUGACUCCUCUGUAGCUGGAUUUCCGACACUGGCCUCCCACCAACCUCCUGACACACACACACACACACACACACACACACACACACACAAGCGUGGACAAAUGGAGUGUUUAUGCCCACCUAAUGAAAGUCCUGGAGCCCCGGUCAGGGUCUGGCUGGUCCUCAGAGGGGAAUGGACUUGGUGGAAGGUCUGGGCACAGCAAGGCUUCAGACUCCUGCUUCGUGGGCGGAAUGCUCUGAUGGCGUCCGGGGAAGGUCUGUGCUGCGACAGGCCCACAAGGGAGCGCUCUAGCUGUGCUCUCUGGACCGUUCGAGGGGGUUGUCCCAGGGGACCGGCAGCUCUGGGAAGAAGGCUGCCUCCCUCUCCAUCACUGUCUGAGGGGCUGAGGAGCCAGGAGAAGGUGCCGGGUGGGCCCGCACUGCUCCUUUGGGCUUUUGGACUUCGCUGCGUUCUAAGCUUAACCUCGAUCGAUGGCAUGACUCAAGUUUCUAAAUCCUAGCAAAAAGCCAGAGGGCCUGCCUGCCCUCUCCAUCGCCCUCCCUCUCCCCUUGCCCUCACCUGCCCCAGGUACCUCUUCUUACUAAGGGGGGAAUAACAUCAGGGAGCCCCUCGUCUCCCCCCAGAAGGACCUCUCGUUCCUGGCAUCGUUAUUGCCUUCCUCUCAGAUCUUGGUGCUGAUAGCUCUCUGCAGGUGGGCGUCCCCCCUCUUCAGAGAGCCCCCAGCCAGCAGCAGGCCCUCCGCCUGCGCGCCCAGCCUCGCCCCUCGCUGCCUCAGUGAGGCACUAGUGCCACUGCCCUGGCCGGCAGCUCGGGCUGCAGCAGGA